GCACAGGAAUCUGUAAAACACAGACUGUUGGGUAGUUAGUUGGUUUGAGGAAACUAAUGCUAUUUCUGGCAAUUCCGCCAUCCCACUCCAAUUUCUGCCCCUCCUCCCUGGUGUUGGUGGUGUCGCCAUAGCAACAAGCACGCGCUGUCCAAGGCGCGAUUCUCUGGCAGUAACGGAUCUGCGCCACCACACUCGCCCUGGGCUGGCGACUCCACGGAGCGUCCCACCUGCUCUGGUAUUGGGUUGAUUGCCCUUGGCCUCAGGGCUAGGGGGUGAGGGGCAGCAUGGCCAAGGCGGCGGCCUCGUCGCCGCUGGAGGACUUGGACCUUAGCCGAGAGGAGGUCCAGCGGCUCACCUCCGCCUUUCAGGACCCGGAGUUCCGGCGAAUGUUUUCUGAGUAUGCAGAGGAGCUCACGGACCCCGAGAACCGGCGGCGCUACGAGGCGGAGAUCACCACGCUGGAGCGCGAGCGUGGAGUGGAGGUGCAAUUUGUGCACCCGGAGCCUGGCCACGUGCUGCGCACCAGCCUGGACGGGUCGCAGCGCUGUUUCGUGAAUGUGUGCGGCAACGCGCUGGUAGGCGCACCCACCAGCCGGCCCAGCUCCGGGAGCGCAGGGGCCGGUCGCCAGUGGUCCCUGCCGUACAGCCUGGCUCCCGGCCGCGAGUACGCGGGUGCCCGCGGCGCCCGCUACAUGGUCUACGACGUGGUGUUCCACCCAGACGCGCUUGAGCUGGCCCGGCGCCACGAACGCUUUCUCCAGAUGCUGGACGCCACAGCCCUUGAGGCCGUGGAGCAGCAGUUCGGAGUGAAGCUGGACCACAGAAAUGCAAAGACCCUUAAGAUUAAGUACAAGGGAACUCCGGAGGCCGCGGUGCUGCGCACACCCCUACCCGGGGGUGGCCCGGCCCGGCCCGAGGGGGAGCCGGAGAGCCCGCUCCCCGAUUUUCCCUACCCCUACCGGUGCCCCUCGGCUGCCAGAAACUCUGCAGGCCCCGGGCCUCGGGUUCCCUCCACUCCAGAGGCGGCACCGCAGCGCGCCCCGACCAAGCCUCGCUACAGUGUGGUGCAGCGCCACCAUGUGGACCUCCAGGACUACCGCUGUUCCCGGGACUCGGCCCCCAGCCCCGUGCCCCAGGAGCUGGUGGUCACCAUCGAGCUGCCGCUGCUGCGCUCAGCCCAGCAGGCAGCGCUGGAGGUGACGGGAAAGCUGCUGUGUCUAGACUCGAGGAAACCCGACUACCAGCUGCGGCUCUCGCUCCCCUACCCAGUGGACGACAGCCAAGGCAAGGCGGAGUUCAACAAGGCCCGGCGACAGCUGGUAGUUACGCUGCCCGUGGUGCUGCCCGCCGCUCGCCCUGAGCCCUUGGCGGCGCCGGAAGAGCCCGCCGCCGCGUCCGGAACUGACAGCGCCGCCUGCGCUUCCGCUCGCGACGGAGAGACGCGUCCCGCUGGGGCUUGCGCGGGGUGCGAGGCCCCGGAUCCCUGCCGAGCUGGGGCUGCAGACGCCGGGAUCCCCGCCCCGGACGCCGCCCGGGAGGAGCUUGUCUUUGAACCUGAGGAAUGGGACUUCAGCAGGCAAGCGGUGUCCACUACCGGCAUCGGAGAGAAACCGAUUCCGGAAACAGGGAGCGCACCUGGGGACGGUGGCGAAGGCUCUCCCUGUGUUUGGUCUGGGGACCUGGACAAGGGGUCUUCUGCAGGAAGAGGGAGUGCGUGCGGAGAUCUCAGCCCUGAGACCCGCGUGGCCCGAGAAGACACGGGCAGGGAGCCUUCCGUUCCAGCCAUGGAUGGUCCCGGGACAGACAGUGGGGGGCCUCGGUGUCCUCCUUUGCAGUGUAAUCAGGAUGAAGAAUCCCUGACUCUGCUGAUUCAAGUGCCUGGGAUCCAGCCGCAAAGUCUUCAAGGAGAUGUGAGCCCUCUCCGAUACAAAUUGUGCUUCUCCACCCAAGACUUAGUUUAUUAUUCCUUCUUUUUGCAGUUUGCUCCAGAAAAUAAACUGAGUAUCAAAGAACCAGUGGUUAGCAUUUCUUCAAACAAUGCAGUAAUAGAGCUGGCCAAAUCUGCAGAGUGCUAUGGACAUUGGAGAGAGUGGUAUUACGGUGUAGACGAUUCUUUGGAGGAAAGGUGGUUUGUGAAUGAAGAAAAUGUUAAUGAAUUUCUUGAAGAGACCCUGAGUUCUCCAUUGCAGCAGACAACGCCCCUAACCACACCAUUAAUUGAAGUUCUUCAGAUUACUGAUAGCAAGAUUCAAAUUCAUGCAGAGUUGCAAGAAUGUAGUAACUCUGAGCAGCUUCAUGAAAAGGAAGAAAGAGUCAACGAAGGAAGUCAUCUAACUGAAAAUGAAAAUAUAGAACAUCCUACUACCUCAGCAACUGAUUCUGAUUCAUCUAUAGCAGUUAAAGAACUAGAAAUAGACAAUUGUGGUUCAGUUGAAAACUUGAAACAAGAGUCUCUUGAUGUGUCCCAAAUGUUAUUUGUUAAGUCUCAGCAACCUGAGUCAAAAAUGGAACCUGAAUUUGUAAAGGAAAAAGGUGCUGUUUACUCAAGUGAGGAGAAAGAUAAUUUAAAAGAACCAGUAAUGACUGAAGAGAAAGAAUUGACAGUCCACAGUAUACCUGGUUUUGACAGCAUAAAAGAAACCAAUAUGCAGGAUGGUAGUGUGCAGAUUAUUAAAGAUCAUGUGACUCAUUGUGCAUUCAGUUUUCAGAAUUCUUUGCUAUAUGAGUUGGAUUAAUUCUAUAUAAUUCUAGAAUUUAAAGGUAAAGAGAAAAAAAUUUUUAGACUUAAAUUCUAUUUCUGUUAACUACUAUUUUAAUAAAACCAAAGAUAUUCAAGAAAGUAUAUUUUGGGUUUAAAAUAGGUUUUCUGUUCACCCUCCUAAAACUGAAGAUAUUAGAGAUUAAAAUUCUCAAUUUUGAUUCUAAUGGGGAAACUGGAGAUAUUUAUGUUUUGCAUUUUAAGUUUAUAGUUUCCUUAAUUGGGGAGAUAAGUUUUGUGAUUCCUCUGAUAGAUGUAGACCCUUUCUGAGAGUUAAACAUUUAGUUUUAAUAUAACCUGUAUAUAUCUACUUAUGUGUUGUUUUUGGCUUUUGUUUACCAUUACACUUUAAUAAAAUUUCAAAAUAUUCACUAA